AUGGGCAGUGUCCGGAAAGUUUACAAUCGCCUCAAUUUGCCGCUGCCCUACGACCCGGAUCUACAAGGAAUGCGACUCAACAACCUAUUCAGGAUGGCGAACUACAGAGUUCGCACGGUCGGCAUCUCCGAGAUCGAGACCACGUUCCGGGCGUCAUGGAGAUGCCAAACCAAGACAUGUUCGAAUCUCUAUGAUUGCUUUUGCGUAAAGCUGGUUCAAUAG